AUGGAGGAAACCCAGAAAAUAGCCCAGACUUACAGCGUGGGCGAUAUACGGUCCCGGAGGUCCCUCUGGUAUCGGUUGCAUGUAUAUGUCUAUGACCUUCGUAACUUCAGGACAGACAGCGCUGCAAGGGAUCGGCUCGACAGCAUAGUAGACAUCACAUACCUGGGCAAACCGUAUUUUAACGAAGAGGAAGCCGAAAUCCUUAAAAAUACUAUCUCUAAUAGUAGUGGGAGUAAGGGUGGGACAGAGACACUUGCUCAGAAAAUCGAGUCCACGCUGGAUGAACGAUUGAAUCGCCGUAUGAAGAAGCGUGUAGAGAGUGGAGACUUCAGGGUGUGCGCCGCCCAUGAUCUUGCACCUAUCUUUGAAGCCUUUUUUGAUAUACCCCCGAAGAAGCUAGCCAAGCAGCUCGCCUCGUUGAUUAGUUUGCGGGGACUAAGACUUCGAGACGAGGAUGACAUCUCAUAUAUCCUUGGUCAAACUAAACUCCAAGCUCUUGCAGCGAAAUACUCAACGGGCAACAAGAAGAAGAAAGGCAGGUAG